AUGUCGCUCGUCGUCCCCGAAGCUCACGUGCAGUUCCAGCACAUCCUCCGUUUGCUCAACACCAACGUUGACGGCAAGCGGAAGAUCAUGUACGCCUUGACCGAGAUCAAGGGUGUUGGCCGCCGCUACGCCAACUUGGUGUGCAAGAAGGCCGACGUCGACCUCGGCAAGCGUGCCGGCGAGCUCAACCCGGACGAGCUCGAGCGCAUCGUCACGAUCAUGCAGAACCCCCUUCAGUUUAAGAUCCCCCAGUGGUUCGUCAACAGGCAGAAGGACAUCGUCGAUGGCAAGUACACGCACUUGUUGUCGAACCAGCUCGACAGCAAGAUGCGCGAGGACCUCGAGCGCCUCAAGAAGAUCCGCAACCACCGUGGUCUCCGUACUUACUGGGGCCUCCGUGUUCGCGGCCAGCACACUAAGACCACUGGCAGGAGGGGAAAGACCGUGGGUGUCAGGUGA